GGACGGAGGACGUUGCUUCUUCGCUGCAGUGCUGCUGCAGGAGAAACUGCAUUCGUACACAAACCAGUGCGUUCACAUCUGCUGGCUGUCAGCUUAAGGGAAGAGCCACAAUGGCAACUGCAUCCAACCCGUUUGAUGCUGAUCUGGUGAGGGAGAUCCUGGAGUGCCCUAUCUGCCUGGAUACCUACAGCGAGGACCAAAUGAGGCCCAAACUCCUGCAGUGUGGACAUACUGUGUGCCGGCAUUGUCUGGAGAAGCUAUUAGCCAGCACCAUCAAUGGGGUGCGCUGCCCUUUCUGUAGUAAGGUUUCACGUAUGAGCAGCAUCACACAGCUUGCAGAUAAUCUGACUGUGCUGAAGAUCCUAGACUGUACGACCUCAUGCGGUGCUGCUGCCUCAGGCCUGAUGUGCAAGUCCUGCUGCAACCGCCUUCCACGUCACUACUGCCACGACUGCGCCACUGUCCUUUGUGAGCUCUGUAAAGGUGAAGGCCAUCUAGAUCAAGGUCAUUCGGUUCAGCACAUUCGACUGGCGGCAGAACAGCGGAGAAAGGAACUGGGUUGCAAGCUGGCCGCCCUCAGAGAGGUCAUGGGCGAAAUCCAAAAGAAAAAGACCAGUAUUGAAAACAUUUCCAAGACUUUGAGACAUAAAUACCAGACAGUACAGCAGGAGUACGCGACGGCGGAGUUGCGUCUGCAAGAGGAACUAAGCAGAGCUCGAAAGACCUUUGCAGCCUCCAUGGCAGAGGUUGAGAAACUAAACGGGCAAGUCUUGGAGGAGCAGACAUAUCUGCUUAACAUUGCAGAAGUCAGAGUGGUUUCAUGCUGCGAUUAUUUAACAAUGCGAGUGCGACAGAGUGACAUAGCCCUGCUCAAGGAUGACGGAGGAACAUGCGAGGAUGAAGAGAUGAAUCUGAGGGACAAUUUGCCUGCUGUCUUUCAGCUGCAAGAGCCGACGCUGGUCAAAACGGAUCAUUCAAAACCAUUAGAUGUAGGUCUAGUGACCACACGCACCUAUCCUGUCAGUACAGCCGACGGUGAAAGUGGAUUGGAUGUGGAUGUUGAACUCGAAGGUGCGGUUGGCGCUGUAGGGGGUGACAUCUAUAGAGAUGUCGAUAUGGUCGCUGCUGUCAAUGACGUGUAUUGUGGUUCGCCAGGAAAAUUUAAAUCCAAGUCCAUGGACGCCGGAGGAGAAUCCCCGGGUAGAGCCGAAAGAGGACCGGCAGUCUGCCAUUUUGUCAAAAAGAUGGGCUCCAAAGGAAGUAUGGCUGGCAUGUUCAAUUUACCAGUCAGCAUCUGUGUCACACCACAGGGAGAGGUCCUGGUGGCAGACCGGGGCAACUGCCGCAUUCAAAUUUUCAAUCGCAAAGGCUUUCAUCGUGAAAUCCGACGCAACACCAGUGGCAUUGACAAUUUUGUCCUGAGCUUCCUGGGGGCUGACUUGCCAAACCUUAUCCCCUUGUCUAUUGCGGUCUCUCCUCAAGGACUGAUUGGAGUAACUGACAAUUUCGACAACUCUGUGAAAGUCUACACCAUGGAUGGCAACUGUGUGGCCUGCCACAAGAGUCACCUGAUUAAACCCUGGGGUAUCGCCGCCAUGCCGUCGGGGCAGUUUGUGGUGUCUGAUGUAGAAGGAGGAAAGCUGUGGUGUCUAACUGUGGAGCGCAAUUUAGGUGUGGUCAGCUACAGUCGCUUGUGCUCUGCUGUGCGGCCGAGGUUUGUGACAUGCGAUGCCGCAGGCACAGUGUAUUUCACACAGGGCCUCGGCCUCAACUUCGAGAAACGCACCAAUGAGCCUCAACUAGAGGGCGGCUUCUCCAUUGGCUCGGUGGGAACGGACGGCCAGCUGGGGAAGCAGCUCAGCCACUUCUUCUCUGAAUCGGAGGACUUCCGCUGCAUCACCGGCAUGUGUGUCGACGCAAAUGGGGAUUUGCUGGUUACGGACAGUGGCAGGAGAGAGAUCCUCCAGUUUCCCAAAGAAGGCGGCUUCAAAGUUCUCAUUCAGGACGGCCUGAUCUGUCCUGUUGGGGUGGCCACAACCCAGAAGGGUCAGCUGCUGGUGCUUGACUGUGGAGACCACUGUGUGAAGGUCUACACAUAUCUACACAAGAGACAUGCGUCCACGUCAUAAUUCUCCAUGGCGCACUAGGACAAUUGGUAGGUUGUUGAGCUGUUUGUCCUGUGGUGUGCAAACUUUUAUGCCUUUUAAUUUGGGUGUUCAGUUGUCUCUCUAUCAUGUCUUCGAAUCUUUGCUGGCUGCAUUUCAGUUUUGAUACCCCAAUUUAAAAAAAAAAAAAAAGAAAAAAGGGUUAUCAUCUGUGGGUGUAGCUACCCAACACUAGUUCCACAAUAAAAUUAUCUAUGCUUAUAAUGCCAAAGUGCUCAGACGUGGCUGAUUCAAGGGUUUAACACAGACAACAAGACUUUCCAUCUACAUCCCUGCACGGUGAAGCCCACUCUGGACUGUGGUCGGUACUCAUCCUGACAUGACUGGCUGGGUAGUAAGGAAUCUGUUGUCCCACACACUGUCACAGUAGAACUAGUUUAUUAUGCUUUUACUCAGGUGUCAACCCUUGCAAACUGUACAAGGGUUUUGCAAGAAUUACAAACAGACUCUGAGAGCAGUUCACCUGGAAGCGUCUUUGCUCUUGGGCCGCAGACUUACUCCCCUUAUUCUGCAACAUCAUCAGCCAUGUAUCACUAGUCUCCUGACUUAUCAAAUACAAUCUUGACUAAGCCAACCUUGAAUAUCCUGCUUGUAUAAAAGUCCAAUAAUUUUCUGUACUGUUCAGGAUUGACUUCUGACUUUCUCACUUUGAAGGAACUCUAAAGUAAAAAAAACAAUCUUAUAUGAAGAGAAAACUGCCUUUCUAUAGAGUCUUGUUGCCAUCUUUAAAUCCUCAAGUCAAGUUGUUUACACAGAGCUAAUAAAACCUGUAGAUGUCUGUGCCCCGAUAGAUCGCUCUGACCUUUUCCACAAUGUAAUUUGGCAGCUAGUUUUUCCCCUUCACCACUUUUAUUUUAACAGAUUUGAAAUGAAAUAAUGAUCUGGGAUCACAGGGCUGGACUGUAAAGUAUGUUUUAGGUGUGAAAAACAAGUACUUGUGUCUGUUACGCAAACUAAUGCUUUUCAUUAUGUUGUCCUGAAAUUCAUCUUAUACUUGAAGUGGUCAAGUGAAGGGUAACUCGCUGACACCCAGUGCACCCAAUUGGCAAAAUGUCCACUUUGCUAAGAGCCACAAUGGUGGACAUAUUCCCAUACAUGAGCAUAUUAAAGGUCCAUCUACGCACCCUUUACAACAAAAUUGUACCCAUCCGUCAUUAUGUCUUCACGUCUCAUUAGAGCGAUGUAUCGGGUAGUAACAGCAACACUGCCCCCUGGUUUCCAGUGGUACUGCUCCGGUUGGUCUGUAUAUGUAAGCUUCGUGGAGAUGUGCAGAAAUAUUGACGAAAUGAAGGCAGAGCAUGGACAGAAGGCUCCAUCCAUAUCCGGAUCCGUACGUUACGCUGAGCUUAAACAGGCCUUCAGUAUAGUCUAGAAAACAGUGUAGCUAAAAUGGCUUAAACAACACAUACAUUUAUUAAUUUAUUGUUUUUAAACAUUAGAGCAAAAUCGAAAAAAAAAAAAACACUUUAAUUUCGCCUUAGUAACGUUUGCUGCUCCCCAUGACAAAGAUCCAGUAAAAAAGACAAUCAAUUCCUGUUGACACCUGAACAUUGUUUAUGGGUUCCAGGCAUCAAAUGUGUGUAUGUAUGUAGAGAAAAAAAGGAGAACAUAGCCACAACAGGGCAAUAACACAGUUACUGUGAACUUUUCAAAUGUGUAUUUUUCAUGUUCGACUGGUGUAAUAACAAGCUUUCAUUUGCUGUGGUGCUCAAAGUUCUAUCAAAUCAUACCUGCGUAAAUGUCGUGACUGGAUUUCAUCAGAAAAUAUGCAAUACAAUGAAUGUUUGGAACAUCCUGCAGAUAUUUGCCCCUUGGAUUAUGCAGUUGUGUUACCCUGAAAAACUGUUUGCAAAGUUUGUUCAAAUAUUAUGAUGUUUGACAAAGACGCAUUUUUUUUUCUGUCUGGAAUGUGUUUGCACACAUUUUGGGGGGUGUAGGAUACGUGUCCAGAUUAGCAAUGCUAUUUCCCAGCACACUUCUCUUUGCCACAUUUGGAGGUUCGGAUUCUCGCUCAGGUUUCCAAACAACACAGAUGCUUCACGCACUUCACCAAAUAUGUUAAAAUUAUAUAAUUGGUUCUGUCUGAGGCUUAGCAGUCUUUGCUUCAUUGUGGAGAAAUGGUGAACCAUUUCCUGCCUUUAAGAUAGCUUUCAAGUUCACCCAAAUGCCCGUCUGAUAUAGCGCUGCUGAGAUGGGAUAACUGGAAGUACACUAUAUUAGAAAGUGGCUCUAAAGGCAUUGGUUGAUACAUUGUGGUUACAUGUGUGUAUCACAUUCUCUUACUCUCCCUUCACACCAGUUCCAUGUGUAGAAGUCUUUUUCUGUUGUCAACCCGUGCUGUUUGCAUUGCGAACACGAACACUAAUCCCUGAAAAACUAUAAGAUGGCGUGUUCUACCUGUGUGUGUGUCUGUGCAUAUAUAUAUUUUUAAGUCCCUAUAUUGUCACUCACACUGUUGUAUUAUGAGAACAGGUCUUCAAACCAAAUCUUUACGUCCGCCAGGUUGCUAAGCACAAAAGUGGCAUCUCAGUGUGGUCCGUGUCGUGUCAGUGUCAUGAAUUCACGAGUGCAAUAAAGGUAAUCAAAGAAGUUGACCGGAAAUUUCUCUCUUUUCUUUCUUUACUGAAGCAGAUGUACAUUUCGACUUUGUGGUUGGGUCAUCAAAUUUGCCAUUUUGAUUGAAGAUGUCUUCGUGAGAAUGUUGCAUGUAUUCGUUCUUAAAUGUGGUGGAGAAAGACAUUUUCCUGCCCUUUCUGAGUUGAGCGUAUGUUGAAGUCUUUCUCUGUGACACACUAAGUCCCAUGUCACGAUGAUGCUGAGUUCUCUGUGGUCUGAAAUCUCUUAAAUGAGAGGUUGCCUACAGCGCAGCUACAGUAGAUCGAGUGUCCAGACGUGUUAUCUGCAUGUUAUUGUUGGGUGUAAGUGAGCGGGAGCGAGAAUGGUCUGGCUGCGACUUGGGCGUUUCUGUCAGGACACAUGAAUGAAUGGGGGUUUCGGAUAUGUUUAAUUCACCAAUCGCGAAGAGUGGCUCAAGGCAUGGUGUGUAUGACGUCAUCUACCCUUCCACUAUGUGUACCAUGUGAUCAGAGAUUAUGCCGGCAAAAAGGCGUAAUCUA